AUGGCGGAAAUCGAGGGAGAAGAGAGUACUCGUCCCGCUUCUCCGACGCUGAUAACCCCCGUUAACGGACCCGGGAUGGUCGGAUCCGGAUCUGGCAACCAGACGCCGACAAUGGUGACUUCGGGUCCGCGGGUGGUUCGGAUUGUAAAGUCAGAAUCGGGUUACGGAUUCAACGUCCGCGGUCAAGUAAGUGAAGGCGGCCAGCUGCGGAGCAUUAACGGGGAGCUGUACGCUCCUCUCCAGCAUGUCAGUGCCGUGUUAACCGGGGGCGCGGCGGACCAGGCCGGUAUCGUGAAAGGAGACAGAAUACUAGAAGUUAAUGGUGUGAGCGUGGAGGGGGCGACACACAAGCAGGUGGUGGAUCUGAUCAGGGCUGGAGAGAGGGAGCUGGUUUUGACUGUACUCUCCGUGCCAGCACAGGAAGCGGAAGGUCUCGAUACCAGUGAAGAAGGCUCUGUGCUGCCCAAUUAUGACUACGGUGACAAGCAGGCAGUCCCCAUUUCAAUCCCUACAUACAAACAUGUGGAGCAGCACUCGGAGAAAUUUGUGGUCUAUAACGUGUACAUGUCAGGCAGACAGCUGUGCUCAAAACGUUACCGGGAGUUUGCAAUACUGAAUCAGAACCUGAAGAGAGAGUUUUCCAACUUUACUUUCCCAAAGCUGCCAGGGAAAUGGCCCUUCUCUCUGUCUGAACAGCAGCUGGACGCUCGCAGGAGGGGACUGGAGGAGUAUCUGGAGAGAGUGUGCUCAGUGCGGGUUAUCAGUGAAAGUGACAUUAUGCAAGAGUUUUUGUCUGAAUCAAAUGAAAACCAUAACGGUGUAACAGAUGUCGAGUUACGGAUAGCGCUACCUGAUAAAACCACAGUCUCAGUGAGUGUCCGGAAAAACAGCACCACUGACCAGGUUUACCAGGCUCUUGUCAUGAAAGUUGGAAUGGACAGCAUGAUGGCCAGUUACUUUGCUCUCUUUGAAGUUAUUAACCACUCCUUUGUGCGUAAAUUGGCUCCUAAUGAGUUCCCACAUAAGCUUUAUGUUCAGAACUACACGUCAGCAGUGCUCGGCACGUGUCUCACAAUGUGCAAAUGGCUCUUCAGCACAGAAGAAGAAGAACUGCUGCGGGACAACCCUCUGGCCCUGCACUACUGCUUCCAUCAGGCACAGGAUGAUGUGAAGAAGGGCUUCAUUAAAGCAGAGGAUAAGGCAUACCAACUGCAGAAGUUCGCAGAACAGAGGAAGAUGGCAAUGUAUCUGAGUCUUCUGCGCUCAUGUGAAGGGUAUAACGAGGUGAUGUUCCCUCACUGUGCAUGUGAUUCACGGAGGAAAGGUCAUGUGAUCACGGCCAUCAGCAUGAAGCAUUUCAAACUGCACGCCUGCACGGAGGAUGGCACUCUGGAGAAUCAGGUGAUCAUCUUUGAAUGGUCAGAGAUGCAGAGAUGGGACACAGAUGAGGAGGGUAUGGCCUUCUGCUUUGAAUAUGUGCGAGGACAGAAGAAACCUCGCUGGGUCAAAGUUUUCACUCCUUAUUUUAACUACAUGCACGAGUGCUUUGAGAGGAUUUUCUGUGAGCUUAAAUGGAGAAAAGAGGUUGAAGAGGAGGCCUCGGACAAAGGCAAUAAGAACUGUAGUAAUAACGAUUACCUCUCCCCGCUGGAGCAACAGAAGGGUUGGUGUCACCUAGGAGGCGAGAUUGCCACUUCAUAAAACUCCUCUCAAAGUCCCACUGUAGAACUGCAGAAGUGAUGCUGAAUCAUCACACCAGAGGACCACCAUAAUGACCAUGUUACCACGGCAACACCCCGGCGACGCCAUACCAAGAACGUUUCCACGGAGACAAAUGUGUGCCUUUUCAGACGCAGAGCGUUCCAUAUGGCAGCCACAUCUCCGUGGCAACACAAAAUGCCAUUAUGACCAUGGCAAGGCAGACGCAUAAUAGGCCACAGUGCCGUUUCACACCCAAUCAAAAGCACCAAUGGGAUCUGCUGUCAUUUCCAUCAAUAGAUACUUUAAACACAAGAAAAAAACCGCAUAGGACAAGACCUAGAGAUCUUCCAUUCCAAUGGUUCAGGAGAAAGGCUCUUCUUACUUUCUGCUGGCUGGAAUUUCAAGAGCACGGGCUUAAGAAGAGGUCUAUUGACUCUUUUAUCAGGGAAGCAUAGAAAAGAAAGAACGGCAGUCACUAUCACAAUGGUUAAAGAAAUAUUAAUAUAUAUGAGAAGGGGAAAGCUAUGCCAUAAAAAGCAAUUAUAGGAAGUAAAUUAGUGGGAUAGCAAGGUUGCCAUACAGAUGGUUAGUGUGAUAGUUCUUUUAGGGGAAAGAUGGCAGACUACAAUUAACUCAUAUAGUGAACAUUUUUAUAUUUAUUUCAAAAUAGAAUUAAAUUAGGAGUAAACAAGUCUGUGGGGGCAGUAACAUGGGAGCUUUUUUAGUAUGCUUCAUGUGUGUGAUUGUGUAAUUGAGAUCGAGAAAAAAAAACAGUUGAAAGAAAAAAGAUGAAAGAUUAUAGACGUUUUGCAUUAAUUCAAGUGUAAUUUCCGCAAGUUAUCUGUAGAGGGCGCAGGCUUCCCAUGCAAACAUAAGGCCUGUAUAUUUGAGACAUGUUCAUUUCACUCUGUAUGUGGGUUUGAUAGUCAGUUUUGUUUAUGUACGUUUAAUUGUGUUUUGGCUGCAGAGGGAACAUCGCCGUACCGUAACUGUGUUUGUUUUAGUGUUAUUUAUCGUCAAAGAAAGAGUGUAGCGGCAUCCCCGGCUCCGUCAUAGCGUUCCUGUUGAUACGAUCUGUGAAAACAGAUAAAUUUAAGGGACAGACUAAGAAUAUUGUGAUCUCAGAAGAGUUUUAAUAGUGUUUCUUAAUGUAACCUGAGGCACUGAGAGGCCAUAUGUCUCGAUUCAGUAAUACAUUUCCCUAAAUGUGCUAAAAUAACAACAACAAAAAUUUCCCGAGGUGCUUUACGUUUGCCAUCUCUUUCUUUUUGUACCACCUAUUCACCCUAUAAAAUUAGUUUUACUUGUUGGAACAAUUUUAACAGCAUAGCACGGGUCUAAGAGGGGAACUUCAGAUGCUCCCCUACCCAGUCGGAUGGCAAAACAUCAAACCCCCACCCUAAAGGUCAAAAUGCCCUGCCCUGUUUAACAGUGCUAUUUCUUAACAGACAUGCAUGUUUAAUGCAAGUCAGAAGCUUUCACUAUUCCAUUUCAGCACAAUACUGCGAGAAAUCGUCUCCGGUUACUCUUGUAACCUCGGUUCCCUGAGAUGAAGGGAACGAGACAUUGCUGAAUGCUUUGGGGAAAUUCCUUUUCCACGACCUAGUUGAAGCCUUUGUAUCAUAAUGCCAGUCUUAUGAUUGGCAAUGGUGUUUGAGCCCGCCCUUUUAGGCACGCAUUUGCCCUAUAUAAGCGGGUGCUCACACACCAUUUCUUUAGAAGUUUCUGACUGAGGACAAGAACACAUCACUCAUACCUUGAAACUCUGAAGUAGUAGUGUGGCCAAGUUUGCAAUGUCUCAUUCCCUUCAUCUCAGGGAACCGAGGUUACAAGAGUAACCGGUGACAUUCCCUAUCGAUUCAGUUCACCAGACAUUGUCCCAUCACGCCGCGCUACGUAACGUAAUACCCUUGGAUGCACCAGGGUAUAAAACAAGUAUGUAAAUAAGGUCGCAGGCCUGUUGGGCGGUGACUUAGUAUAAUAUCUCUUUAGUGUGUAUGAAAAUGAAUAACCCCACAUGGUGAAAACCAGAUGGGAAGUUAAUCUUUGUCUGAGGAUGUGUAUGAGUCAUAUAAUACACACAGUAUAAUUUAACCCUUUCAUUCCCGAGGUAGGGUAGGUUUUAUUAUUUUUAUUGGAAGUGCUUGUGACUUUUAGUGGAAGUUAAUUGUGUAGCAGCCUACACAGGUGACUGUAUUAAAAUAUAACAGGUAGCCUGCCGUGAUAAGGGGCUCGGGCUCACCCGCCGGGAGUUGGAAUAGUAAGUUCUCAAGACAAAGAGGACUCGUGAAGCGAUGGAUGCUACGUCUAGGUUAUAAAACCUCACGAACGUGUUUUGCGAAGACCAUCCUGCUGCAAAGCAUAUAUCCUGUAGGGAUAUAUAAUUAGUCCAUGCCCAUGAAGAGGCCAUGCCUCUAGUUGAAUGCGCUUUUACGCCAAUAGGGCAUCUUACGCCCUGCGAUUCAUAAGCGAGGGCGAUCGCAUCGACUGUCCAGUGUGAUUUUUUUUUUUAUUUUUAUUUUUAUUUUUUUUUGUUUGGAGACGGACAUGCCUUUUGUGCAUCCUCCAUAACAAACAAAGAGCUGAUCUGACAGUCUAAACUGGCGAGUGCGCUCCACAUGCAUGUGCAAUGCCCUCACGGGGCAUAAUGAAUACUAACUAAUGCUAACUGCUGCUCAUCCGAAUUAGACGGUGGAGAAGAGAAAGCUUGUAGGUGCGCAAUCUGAGCCCUAAGGGUGUGGAAAGCACCUUAAGCACAUAGCCUUUUUUGGGUUUGAUGGUGGCUUUUGAAAGCCCGGGACCGAAUUCCAGACAUGAACUUUCAACCAUGUAUAGCGCAUGUAUAUCGCCAACCUAUUUGACUUAAGCCAGAGCCAACAGCAGUGCCGUCUUUAAACAGAGCACACAUAACUCAGCGGAUUCCAGCGGUUCGAACGGGGGGCUCGUGAGCUCCCUCAGCACCAGAUUCAAGUCCCAUUUUGGAACCAUAGCUUAUGAGGGGGGUUCAAGCGCCCUUAUGAUUAGAUCGUGUCUGCCUAUAGAGGAGCCAGCCUCUGGGGUGUGAAAUGCUGAGAUGGUCACUACUUAAACCUUAAGCAUUGAUGGAGUAAGACCUGCAUCUAACCACUCUUGAAGGAAUGUAAGGAUAUCUGUUAUGGGUCAGAUCACUGGGUCACCAAAGAGCACCAGUCAGCAAACACACGCCAUUUUAGUGCAUAGUGGCAUCUCGUAGACAGCGCUUUAGCCUGCAAAGUGGUGUUUAUUACAGACAUAGCCAAUUCUGGCUCGUUUGUUGCACUCCGGACUGAAAACGCUAUUCGCUUCACAGUACAAAGACACUGAAAUAUGCCUGAGGAUGGCAGCCCCUCCGAUCUGGGCACGCGCCAGGUCUCAGUAAGCUCUAUGUGAACCUCAGGGAAGAAUAACACUGCUUUCCAAACCACGGUCUUUUGACGGCGGACAGUGUGCAGGAAUCAUUCAUUCAGUUGAGAAUUUUCCAGCUUGACAGGAGGCGGCCACUCAAGGCCGAGCUCCUUGACCGCCCGGCAAAGACACAGAGUAACUUGUAUCAAUGGCCAGUGCGUGCUUCACACCCUCGUUGGGGGAAGGGGCUGAAGCAUACUCCAUUUGACCAUUUUUCCGAUGCUGCAAGGGGCACCCAUCAUUAACAUUAUCAGACCCGCCGAAUACGACAACACUGUGCUCAUUCAUAGAGGGCCGGAGGUCGUCACGUGCGUACUGCAUUGGCGAAGACGCUGCAUGGGAAGAUCGAGGGGCUUGCGCCGGUGCAAGAUCCUCCUCUGUUUCUUCCAGCUCUACCUAGUGGGCCCGACGUGCUUCCUCAUGUUGUCCCUCAAGACUUAACACAGAGGAAGCGGUCGGGAGGGCGAGUGAGGUGGAAUCGUCCCUCAGAACGAGGGCGACCCUAGAGCAGAGUGUCUUGAGACUCAUGUCCUCACAGUGAGGGCAGUCUGUCCCCAUGAGAGCUGCUUCGGCGUUGGCGGCUCAGACAGUGAACGCAGCUCUCAUGUUGGUCUGACGGAGCGAUGUGUCACUCACAGGAACACUUGCGAUAUGACAUCUUUAAAAAGACGCGUACACACAAGUGGCUCUUUUAUGAGUUUUUUUACAUCACUUGGAUGGAAUAUUACAAAUAUAUAUAGGGCAAAUGCGUGCCUAAAAGAGCGGGGCUAAAACACCAUUGCCAAUCAUAAGACUGCCGUUACAAUACAAAGGCUUCAGCUAGGUCGUGGAAAAGGAACUUCCCCAAAGCGUUCAGCAAUGUCUCGUGAACUGAAUCGGUAGGGAACCGCUUAACCACAUCAGAAUGCCCUGAUCAGUGAAUGAGAAUGUUUGUGUGUUUGUCCGCAAUAGAUUGCUCUCUGGUUAGAGUAAAGACUUUAGAUUAAACUGCAUAGUAGCAAACAUUGUCUUUGGUCUUUACAAACUUUACAAAAUCGACUUGAUUGUCUUCAGUCCUGAUAAUUUCCAUGUUUGAUUAGUUCAACCAGUUUAUCAAUGUGAAUGAAGAAAAAACAGCAUGUGUGUAUAGAGGUUGUGUAACUUGUCAUUUUGUCAGGAGUGCUGGCGCAACACUUGUAUUGUUCGGAAAUGUCAAAAAAUCCCAGAAGGGGUCAACCAUGUAAUGUUCACCAGUGCUAUAAAAAUGUUAAUUGUUUGAUCAGUGUUUAUUUUGUGUCAAUGUGCAGGAAAAAGAAUAUGAAUGUACCAGAAUGUAUUUUAACAUGGAUAAUUAUUAAUAAGAAUGGUUUUUGAUAUUAACUUGAAGUGCAGCAGUUUAAGAUCAUCAUUACCCUUACUACAACUUAAGACACUUACCUACAGUAAGCCUCCCUAUGAGUGUUUUUUUUCUUCAAGCAAUAUUCCGGAUUCAAUAAAAGUUCAGCUCAGUCAACAUCAUUUGUGGCAAAAUGUUGACACCAUGAAAAUGUAUUUUGACUUGUCCCUCCUGUUUUUUAAGAAAAGCAGAAAUCUAGGUCACAUUGACGCACAAUAGAAGUGAAUGGGGCCAAUCCAUAAACGUUAAAAUACUCAUUGUAUUUUACAAGAGUUACAAGAGUGUUAAUAGAAGAAUGAAUGUAAGUGUUUUUUAUAAAAUUAGAAGCUCCACAUCUUUGCCCUUAAACCAGUGGCAUGCCCACCCAGAAUAUUUUAGAUGAUUUUUUUACUUCAAAAAUGUAUUUAUAAAAGUAAAAAAAAAAAACAAAUGCUUAAAUUCUGAUUUCUGAAAGUGUGAAAGAACUGUUUGAAUGCGCUGCUUCUCUGUUGUUAAAAAAAUAAUACUUUUUAUUGAAGCCCACGAAAAGUAAUUUCCUGGCUAUGCCCUUGCAUUAAACCCACCAAAAAUGGGCCCCAUUCACUUCCAUUGUAAGUGCCUCACUGUAACCUCGUGUUUUUUGUUUUUUUUUAAGAAAAGAAGAGAUGAGCCGAAUAUAUUUUUUGCGAUAAUCAACAUGAUGUCACAAAUGCUGUCGAGUGAGAUUAACUUGUAUUAAACUCUGAACAUUCCUUUUAAUUUAGGCCCGCCUGCCUUGAAAGUAUUAUUAAUGUUUUGAGUGUUUCCCUGUGAGUUUAGGAACAUCGGUGCAUUCGCAUCACAAGUGACAAUUACGUGAAUUGACGAGCGAAAGUUUAACAGCUAUUUGUCUGUGUUCUGCGCUUCAUCUGUAAAUUUACUGCUUAUAUGUAGUACUGACAGUCUUUGUAGCCUUUUUGACAGAAAACAUUAAUUUAUUUUUCUGCUAAAUCAAGGAUAUUGAAACAAGGCCUUUGCUGUUGUAAGUUUUGGGAGGGGUUUUGUAUGGAAAAAUUUAUAAUGCAUAAUUGAAGGAGAUAAAGAGGGUGCAUUAUUUCAUGUAGCCUAGCUAAUGGCAUAAAUUAACAGUAUCGGAAUACAAUAGUUCCAGAGUUAUAAAAAAAAAAACUUAAACAUGAUCUAGGUUGAAACAUUUUAACAUGCUAUUUUAAAUAAAAUUAUCUAUUGGAAAA